AUGUCCUGGGCACCCAUCCUGUUCACGCUGCUCACCCUCUGCACAGGUUGUGGGCCUCAGCCAGUGCUGCAUCAGCCACAGUCAGUGUCUUCAUCUCUGGGGACCACAGUCAGCCUAGCCUGCACCCUGAGUAAUGACUACGACGUGGGCAAUUACAGCAUCUACUGGUACCAGCAGAAGCCGGGCCAGGGACCGAGGUUCCUGCUGAGAUUCUCCUCAUCUUCAAAUGAGAAGCAGGGCCCCAAGAUCUCCCCUCGCUUCUCUGGCUCCAAAAAUGUGGCCAGGAACACAGGUUACCUGAUCAUCUCUGAGCUGCAGGGGGAGGAUGAGGCUGUGUACUACUGUGCUGUGGGAUCUCAGAGCAUGGACAAGCAGGUGGAGAGAGAGAGGGGGGAAGACAAGGAGCCUAUUGCAUCAGGGUCCCAGGCGUCCCAGAACAAGCUUACCUGGAACUAA